CGUGAGAAUACUGUGAGUUUUUUCACAUUGUAGACUUGAUAAGCUCUGCUGCCUUGGUGGACACUACAUGAAGCGAAUGGAAGUCGAUUGUUUCAGUUUUCUUUUCAGAUUUGUGGAGUCUUGUAACAUGGCUGCAAACUCGAUUUGCAAGCAAACGACAGCGACACUGUUUCUAGUGCUGAGCACUCUGACUUUUCUUGCUACAUCAACGGAGUGUCCUGCACUGGAAAGUUUUGAUAAUGGACGAAUUUUGAACAACGGUACCAGCUCAAACACUACCGUCACAUUUGAGUGUGACCGGUGCUACCAACUGGACGGCUUUGUGAAUUUGACGUGUUCUAGAGGCAGUUGGGACGGGACACAACCUCAAUGCAACAAGACAUCUUGCAGCAAUCUGGAUACCCCAGAAAAUGGGAACAAGAAUUCCACUAACUAUGCAUGUGAUUCAGUAGUUGCCUUUCGAUGCAAUGAGUGUUACGACCUGGUGGAUGAUCAACCGCUUACUUGUUUGCCUAAUAGUUCAUGGAGUGGGGAUGUACCAAGUUGCGAUGUAAAGAAUUGCCCUGAUCUAUCUGCACCAAGUAAUGGAGUAAAGAACUCAACUAUCACUGCAUGUGGUACAGUUGUAGCUUUUAGUUGCAACGAGUGUUAUGACCUGGUAGGGGAUCAACAGCUUACUUGUUUGUCAAAUAGUUCAUGGAGUGGUGAAGUACCAAGUUGCAAUGUAAAGAAUUGCUCGGUUCUCUCUAUGCCAUCCAAUGGAGUAAAGAAUUCAACUAACAGUUUAUGUGGUACUGUAGUUGAAUUUGGUUGUGAAUCAUGCUAUCAUUUGUCGGGUUUGAAGUUACUGGAGUGUCAACCUGAUCAGUCAUGGAGUGGGUCACAGCCCAUUUGUGAGGCUAACUACGUAGACUUUAACAGGGAUAACAGUUCAACUCUUGAUCCUCCUGUUAUUGUUUUGACUGAAGCAGUGUCCACAUCACCACUAUUUGUUAUUGAUCAGUCCAUGCUGGAUGUAGUUGGGUUUGGAACUGAAGAUUGGACAUCUGUAAAAUUAGAAGUUCACAUUCCUCGAGGACUUCCAGGGAAUGCUCUUUUGAGUGAAAUGGUUGAGUUUAGUCCAGAUAGAGCUCAUAGUAGGAACAUAUUAACUGCAAUCGAAUUUACAAGUUUGUCUAGUAAAGUCAUUGAAAGAGAAGAGACUGAUUUGACUAAUGGAGUACGUACAACUUUUAUUGAUAAUGAAAAUUCUGCCAACUUGACACUUGUGUUGUUGUCACUACAAUAUAUCAAUUUUGACAAUCCUCCUCAAGGCGACACAAGGUUUGAUACUUGGCAAUGUGCUAUAUGUAUGUACUGA